CACAGCGGUCGCCAUUAUUCUUCCUGGCUUGACGUUACAGAUAAAGACGGUUAAAUACUUUUUAACCUUAUUUUUAGGGGUACACUGCAACACUGUCCGCCUAAUUGGCGCAGUGAGCUUAUUGACUCAUUAAUUAGCGACACAUCCCGACCACAGAAUGGAAAAACGGUCCGAUACUACAGGUGUUGGAGGACCUCUUCCCCUUGCCUCCCUUCGCUUAAUGGCUUCCCCUCUGCAGCUGACAUAUUCGUACAUAUGGCAGGUCAUACGGCAGCGAAACGUGAAGCAGUAUGGGAAAGUGGAGGAGUUUGUGACCAUGGUGACGCAAACUGUUCCCGAGCUCAUGAAUUUCAAGCAGACUGCUCAGCUCAUCUUGGGGUUGAGAGCAAGGAUAAUUUUGGAUUUGCUUCACAAAGACGGUCCACCAGAUUCCCGAGCUAUUCAAACCCUCAUUAAUAAGUUGAAGGUCUCUACAUCUUCAGGGAAGGACUCAGAAGUGGAGAAAUCUCAAACAAACUUCAUGGUGCUGGUCCAGAAUCUGCUUAAAAACCCUGCAGAGAGAAAGCGCUUCUUCCAGGAAGUGUUCCCUGUUCAGUAUGGCACAAAGUUUGACACAGCGCUGCAGGCUCUGACUGCAGGCCUGGUGUGCAAGCUGGAGCAGCUUCUUCCUGUUCCCAAUCUGUCCCAGCUUGGUGCCAUGAUCUCUACUGAUCCCACUGUCCUGGAGGCGUGUGGAGGCUUUAUCCCUGACCCUGGGGACCUGAAGACCCUCCUCCUACACCAGCAGGCCAAAGGACUCCUUGGGGUUAAAGCUACCAUCUCAUCAUCGGUGGGCGACUGCGUACUCUCUUCACUCGCCUUUCGGCCCAAACCGGUAGAGCCACCGCCACCACCACCUCCACCUCCAGAAUCACCAAAACGAUUAGAGGUCACCUUAACUGAAAGAAGCCCAGCCUCGCUCAGUGAAACCGAAGACUUGGGAAUGAUGUCAGAUGACUCGGACACCCCAGCAACUCCUGCUGCUAGACCACAGCGCAGAGGGCGAUACAGUGAUAAAACGGGCGAAGGCAGCGCUGCAAAGGAAACAGGUGUCACAUCAGCAGCUCAGAGGGAGAAUCUGGCGCAGGAGAAGAGUUCUACACAGGAACAGUCCGCGGCGACUCUACAAAGCAGAGAAGAAGAUGGAGCACCAGAAACACUAGAGAAACCAGAACUACAGCGGCUGCCCUUGAAAUCAAUCCCUUUCAGGGUAGUUCAAGUGCCAGUCAAAACUACCUCCACCUUACAAAACACAGGCAGUCCAGGAACUAAAGAUAGCCAAAAGCCCCAGACUACCAGAGUCACGUUGCAUCAGUGGGUGUCACAGAUUGCCACUAACUCGCUCUCACUUCCAGCCUUGCCACCGCUUCCUCCAGCCAGUCUGAGUAUUGGAAAUGAUAUGAAGCCAACCAUGAGGAGAAAAAAGCAAAUCAGGCCUCCAGCCGACAGAUUUACUUGCAGUGUGUGCGAUAAGAGUUUCCCUUAUCAGUCCAAACUAAUGGAUCACGAGCGCAUUCACACAGGAGAGAAGCCUUUCAUGUGCACAGCGUGCAACAAAAGUUUCCGAACACAGGCGUUCCUCAACAACCACCUGAAGACCCACAGCGCAACACGUCCUUACGCUUGCGGCCAGUGCGGCAAGUGUUUCACCAAACUGCAGAGCUUGACGAAACACAUGCUCGCCCACAGCGGCCAAAAGCCCUUCUACUGCAACAUCUGCAACAAGGGCUUCACACAGUCCACCUACUUCAAAAGACACAUGGAAUGCCACACGAGCCAGAUGACGUUCCCCUGCAAGCACUGCAGCAAAAGCUUCCCAACGGCUUUCAAGCUGUCGAACCACGAGCGCUGGCACACCAGAGACCGUCCUCACAUGUGCGAGCGCUGCGGCAAGAGAUUCCUCGUCCCGAGCUUGCUGAAGAGACACAUGGGCUACCACAUCGGCGACCGUCAAUAUCUCUGCUCCCAAUGCGGAAAGACUUUUGUCUAUUUGUCUGACCUGAAGAGGCACCAGCAAGACCACGUGCCCAAAGCUAAGAUCCCGUGCCACAUCUGCCAAAAGAAGUUCUCCAGUAAGUACUGCCUGAGGGUUCACCUGAGGAUCCACACCAGAGAGAGACCCUACCGAUGCUCCAUAUGUGAGAAGACCUUCACUCAGGUCGGGAAUCUGAAGGUUCACAUCAGGUUACACACCAACGAGCGACCUUUCAGCUGCGACGUGUGCGGCAAAACCUACAAGCUGGCAUCCCAUCUGAACGUCCACAAAAGGACUCAUACGUGCAAGAAGCCCUGGACGUGUGAAACAUGCGGGAAGGGAUUCUCCGUCCCCGGCCUUUUGAAGAAGCACGAGCAGUUACACACGAGGGACGCUAACCCUGAUUUCUCUGGUAAACGGAGACACAGGGUUAAGCACAAGAAGCACUCCCAGAAGAGGAAGUAUGAUGAGGAAGACGAGGGCAGCGAUGAUUAUUAAUCAAGGAAGUAUAUUUUGUAGUAAAUAUCUCUGAUCAGGGGUGAUGCUGAUCACUUAAGUAAUUAAAAUAAACUUGUUUGGAAGUCUUCUGCAUAGGUCCCCCUUUGAACCAUGCAAUUUUCAAAGUUUGACAUGUUUCCUUGCAGUGGUGCUCAGGUCACCAUGAUGGUUUGGUUAGUGAAAAUACAUUUUGAAUGAUGCUAUGAUGUUUUUUUUUUCUGCUCACUGAAUUUAAAGACUGAUCUCUGAAUUUAAAGACUACCAACCUGAGUUCUAAUUUGUGUUAUAAUGGGCAUUAGCCAGCUCCAAUCACUGCCCGGCCAGCUGGAGCAUUUCUACAAAUAAAGGUCAUUGUUUUACUGUAAAUCAGUGCUGUACCAUAUAAUUAGGUCACAUGACAAAAUGAGUUCAGGUAAUGUUACCCAAAGCUGUCACAUCUUGCAAACAGUAAAGUAGCAACAGAGCAUUAUGAUCGUCUAUAAACAUUUUCAUUACAAAGAAAGUGAUGGGUUUUGACAAGUGUCAUGCUUUUUAAGAGGCUACUUUAAUACAGCAAACAUUUAAGAGAUGGACAUCAUGUAAACAAUAAAAUUAUUUCAGUAAAGUAUUGCGCUUGACUGUAGAUAGUUUGUCUGCUGUGUAAUAAAACCUUGUAGUGUCUCUAGGAAACAUUUUACUUUAUUACGGUAUCAUUGUGGACAUUGUAGUGAUUUUUAUGUAACCCUGAACUGUAAACAUUUAAUACUCUGCUUUUGUUCUAGAUUGAAAAUAGGCUGAUUUGUGAUUAUUAGGAUUUCACUCUUUUCCAGCGAGAGAUGUAGUUUUGCGUUGUGUUGAGUUAACACAAGAAAACUUUGAGGAAUUUGAGUUUUAGGUUGAGCACAAGCAUCAUUUAACAUUAUGACAAUGUGUGAUGAGAUUGUUGCUGUGAAAGUGAUCUUUCCUUUACUUUACCUUUAUCCUAUUGUGAGCAGCCUUGUAUAUAAGCCAGAAAAUAAUGUGCCCGCUCUUAUAAUUUUUUUUUUGUU